CUUCCCUUCCCUUAUCAUCUCCUUCCUCCCUUCUUCUUAUAAUAAUAUUUGUAUGUCUCCAAACCACAACCUCACCUCACAUAUAUAAAUUUUGCAUCACAUAACAUAACAUCACUUUUAUAUAAUGGACUGGUUCUCAUGGCUGUCAAAAACUGGUCUUGAUCCAUCGCUUAUCUACGAGUAUGGCCUCGCCUUCUCUCGCAACGAGCUGCAAUUCGAGGACGUGAGUUACUUCGACCAUGAGUUUCUGCAGAGCAUGGGGAUUUCUGUGGCCAAACACAGGCUAGAGAUACUCAAGCUUGCCAAGAAGGAGAGGAGUGGAUUAGGAGGCCACCCAAGGUCGCUUUCAACGCUAAGCUGGGCGCUUAUCAGAACCAAGAAGUGCUUCAGCAAGUACUUUAACAAGUGGGUUUUUCACGAGGACCUGUCUCUUAAGGAUGCGGGUGAGGGGGCAGCUAGGUAUCAAGACCAUUGGAGAGGAGCUUUGUUGAGGAAACACAAGGCCACUGUCAAUGGGGAGGUGAAGGAAGAGAAGCCAGUAAUGUUCAAAACUAGAAGCAUGGCGCUUUCUGGACCUUUGGAUGGGAGAGUCCAAGAGAGAUUGAUGGCCAAUAAUAAUAAUAAUAAUAAUAAUCAUAGGAGCUUGAAGCUAUCUGGGCCGUUGGAUGGGAAGGUUCAUGAGAGGUUGAUGUAUACAAAUAGAAGCCCAAGACUUACAGGUCCUUCGGAUGUGAAUGGAAGGGCACCAGAGAGGCUGUUGGUUGAAACUACUAGGAGCCCUAAGUUGUCUGGGCCUUUGCAGGGAAGAACACAUGAGAGGCUCAUGGUCUCAAACAAAAGUCCAAGGCUGUCUGGUCCUCUGGAUGGAAGACUUGUUGUGAGCCCAAAUUUUUGCACUCCAUAUGAGAAGGAAAGGGUUGACGAUGUUGAUUACGAUGAUCAUUCACUUUGGACUGCACUGUUUCAGGAUAUGAAACCCACUUGAUAGUUUCUCUCUGCACUCCUAGUAUUUGCAACCAUUUUUGUUCGUGUGAAAAAGGAAAAGACGCAUGUUCAGACAGAGUGGCCUGGACUUGACCAUUUUUCGGUGUGUUCGUUAAAGUUCGUGGAUUAUUUCCUCAGUUUGAGGUACUCUCAUUUAUCUUCAGAUGGAAAAGAAAGCCCUAAAUAUAUUUACUGGUUGAUUUGUCCAAUGUUUAUUUGUAGUUUUCUUCACUUCAGCCAUGUAUGUAUGCCUUCAUUGGGGCAAAUUCUGGGUUGAGUUCCUAUCAUCUAUCAAUCAGUGAACUUAAUGGCAUUUGAUU